AUGUCGGGUCCUGGCCAGAAUACCGUCGACAUCGACGCUCUCCUCGAUCUUACCGAGUACGAUAACUUCCAAUCUCCUGCUACUUCAGUAUCACCAUCAGGAACAUCAAAGGCUACCUUCGCCAGCCCUAUCUCAGCCGCUGUCGCUGCUCCCGCCACCACAACUGCCCAGAGUCUGAGCGGUCCCAGUCACAACUAUGACAUGUACAGACAGCAGACUGGCUUUGUGCCCGGUGCCAUCGCCAACACAAUGGCCGUUAACCAGACCAACAACACUGGCUACCAAGACUUCCGCAACAUCGACUACCUAACCACCUUCAGCCCCGAGGCUGAUCUGUUUGAUUUCAACACAUCUCCUUCGCAGGCUACUUUGGGUGCGUCGGAUAUGGAUAUGGAUUUCGAGUCGCAGACCGAGACACAACAGUUUUUCACUGUCGACCCUAGCAGCAUUGAGCAAGAGAACGCUGGUCUUCCUUCACCACCCGUUUUGCCUACACAGAACAAUGGCCGUCUCUGGCCUGGCGCUCACUCCCAAGCCGCUCUUGCCAAGGCUCAGCAACAACAGCGACAACAGCAGCAGAUCAUUCAGCAACAACAACAGGCUCAGCGCCAUGCAUCGCAGCCCAAGUCUCGUGGCAAGGCCCCUCAGCCUACCGACCCCAUUGUUGAGCAGAAGAUUACUCAGCUCCUGAACUCUAUGCGAGCCAAGCCCUCAAUGCCCGAGAGUCAGGCUACCAGCCCCAUGGCCAACCUCCCCCGAUCCAAGAAGGACGAAGAGGAGAUGGAUGAGGAUGAGCGCCUCCUGGCUAGUGAGGAGGGCAAGAAGCUCAGCAGCAAGGAGCGACGACAGCUUCGCAACAAGGUGUCCGCUCGUGCUUUCCGUUCCCGCAGAAAGGAAUACAUCACUCAGCUUGAGACUGAGAUUGCCAACAAGGUCAGCGAGAACGGUGACCUCCGUGCUCAGAACCGUGCUCUCGUUGACGAGAACAAGCGUCUGACUGACCUCACCCGCAUGCUGCUCUCUUCGCCUUCUUUCUCCAACUUCUUGGACAACCUCAGCAGCAACCCUACCGCUGUUCAGCAGACUCCUCAACUCAAGGUCGAGCCUCAACCCGAGCAGCGACAGGUGCCCAAGGACAUCAACCCCUACAAUGCUCAGCAGUCUUCUCAGCACCAGAUUGGCAUGGCCAUGAUCCCUGAGCAGAACAUGGACUUCUCCAUGCUCACUCUUGAUGGUUCUUUCAACUUCCAGCCUCAAGUCUUUGUUGUCGACACUCCUGAGCUUCCUGAUGCUAUUGACGCUUCUGUUCUUUCUGGCAAGACCUCCAACUUCGCUGAGCCCAUCUUCGACUCUGAGGAGGAGAAGCUUGAGGUGCCCGCCAUUGAGCGUCCUGUUGAGAAGCCCGAGGUUUCUGAGCCUGUUGACGCCGCCCCUAUCGACCUUGAGUUUGAAUCUGACCCUGAAUUCGCCCUGUUCCACACUGAGACCGCUACCACCACCACCGAGCAACCCAAGGAGUUUGACUCUGAGGGUCUAUCGCAUGUUGACAUCUUUGGCGGUGUUGAGUCCGAAAAGGUGCUUGCCCGUCUUGAACUUGUCGAUGCCGGUGAGGAAGAGUGUAUCGCUGCUUUGGCUAUGGCUCGCGUGCAACGUAUCAGCGCCAGCUGUGACGCCGUUACAUCAAGACUGCCUGCAUGGAUCUCCGCAAAGGGAACCAUGAUGAGUGGCUGUGUUGCAGAUAACUUUACAAUCCGCAUUCUCACUCUUGAGCCUGGUACGGGCAAUGACCCAUUAGUCGGUCAUCUCGGCUUUGAGAAUCUUGAUCUAAGCCCAGAAUAUGAAGCCAUCUCAUAUUGCUGGGGAACAGGUGGUCGAUCCUCUGAGAUUAUAUGCGAUGGGAAACCGCUGCCAUUAACGGAGAGCAUUGAGGGCGCUCUACGCCGUAUGAGACAUGCAACUACCCAGCGACGCUUGUGGGCGGAUCAAGUCUGCAUCAAUCAGGACGAUAUUGCUGAACGAAGUCAACAAGUCAGUCUGAUGAACGCUAUUUACAAGGGAGCGAAGCAUGUGUUGGUAUGGCUUGGAGAAGACAAGGUAGGGCAUGGGAAGGCGGCUACGGAGAUGGUUCACUACCUUCAUGGAGUGUUUAAUGAUGAGGAACUGCAUAAUGAAUUCAAAAGAGCUCAUUCAGAAGAUUUGUUGAGCCAAGAUAGAAAGCCUUGGGUGCCGUUCUCGAAUCUAUCGAGGCUACCAUGGUUUAAUCGUAUAUGGAUUGUUCAGGAAAUAGGAACAGCAGCACCUGCGACUCUCUACUGGGGCGAUGCAGAGAUUGACUGGGAGAUCCUGUCAUCAGUUGCAGGCAUCCUGAAUACGACUUAUCACUUCCUACGCUCACGAUUCGCUGUCUUCACACCUAACAUCCGUUACUUGUAUCAACGCUUCGUUGAGCCAGAGGAGGCAUACGAUGUAAACCAUAACCGCGCAGCCUUCAUAUACGAACUUCACCGCGCAAGGCAUCUAUUGUCAAAAGACCCCCGAGACCAUGUCUACGCUUUUCUUGGCCACUUCUCCAUCCAUACUGGCAGUUCGAGCCUUGCAGAGUUGGUGGCGGAUUAUAGCAGAUCGAUAGAAGAUAUCUAUUAUGACGUUGCGGUCAGAGAACUCUCUGGGUGCGAAUCACUUCUGCUUUUGUCUGCUUGCCAUGCUAUACCAGUUACUUACAAGAAGCGAAUCAUGGAGAGGGGGGAUUUACCAACUUGGGUUCCAGACUGGCGUGUUGUGCCUCUCCAUCUCAUGGGUACACCCGUGACUCCUCAUAGAGCAUCGGGGGAAUAUCGACCUCAAUUAUGCAUCAACGAAGAGACAAGAGCUCUCCAUAUCUACGGCGUUCGCUUAGAUCGUAUCCGUCGACCAUCGUGGAUCUUCUGGAACAACGCUUUCCACUUCCGUCGCAACAACCCCUUUCGCCUCCCUAUCGAAGCCCUAUGGCGAGAUAUCUGUGGUAGAAACCAACCCUUCAACCUACGACAACGUUAUCGAAACGGCGACACAGCAUUCUUCGCCCUUGUGCAAACACUUACAAACGCAUGCAUCGGAGCAGAUCGCUCUCGGCCAUAUGAGAGCAUUCCCAAGGAAGAGUGGCUCGCCAACGGUGCAGCGUAUCUUGUCCGCGCACUGGAUAGACCUGGUGCUGUUUCAUCAGAGAUACAAGAGCUUGCGCAGACGGGAGAUGGGUUCAAGUGGAGCCAUGAAGCAACGCUUGUUACGCGGUAUCGAGGUUUUGCGAUAACUUUUGGGGGUUGGUUUGUUGUUGGGCCGGAUAUUAUGCAAGCAGGGGAUGUGGUUGUUGUGUUGUAUGGAGGUAGAACACCCUUUUUGCUAAGGAGAAAGGAUGAUGAGACGUGGAUACUUGUUGGGGAGUGCUAUGUACAUGGGAUGAUGAAUGGGGAGAUUUUUGACCUUGAUGGGGUUGAAGAGGAGGAGUUUGUUAUUGUGUGA